AUGCUUCUCUAUGUUGCUUGCUUUGCUGCUUGUCUCGCGGCGCUGUGCUCAGCGCAGGAGCUCAACUUCAAUCAGACGUGGAACCUCACCACCGUACUCAGCAAUCAAGCUCAACUGACACAAUUCACCACUCAUCUGAACGCAUAUCCGGCGCUGUUCUCGACGUUGGCGAACGCGAACGUUACCAUCCUUGCGCCGUCCAACGAAGCAUGGUCGAAGUACUCUGGUGACGAUGGGCACUCUGCCAACGAUACAGCAUUCCUCGAGUCACUACUGUCCUACCACAUCGUCAAAGGUGUCUAUCCUUCGGUGGUCCUAAAAGAAGACGUCAAAUUCCUCCCCACACUUCUUGGUCCAGGCCAGUUUGCGAACGUAACAGGUGGAUUGCAUCUGGGGGCAUACCCUGCUGAAGGGAAUGUCGUCUUCGAGACUGGGCUCAAAGAGCGCUCUGGACUUGUGACUGCGGACAUUGCAUACACAGCCGACAAUAUCUCUGUCGUCGGAAUCGUCCACAUCGUUAACGAGGUCUUCCGGAUACCUAUUGCCGAAGUUACCACAGUCACGGACGUGGGAUUGAACGAUGUAGCCGCCCUACAGCUUACCCAGCCCGUCGACCAGAAACUUGUGGGAUUCCUCGGUUUGGAGUCGGACUGGACCAUGUUCGCACCGAAAGCAGCCAAAGGCGCCUUCCCCUCCACCGACGCAGAGAGCUUCGCCAUCCAAGAGUACCACUUCAUCAAAGGCCAAGUUCUGUUCAGCUACAACUUUACCGAUCGCAGAGAAGUCACGACUGUCAAUGGGAAGAAUUUGACGUUCUAUGUUGCGCCGAAUGGUACGAGAUAUGUCAAUGAUGCGAUGAUUGUGGACUCCGACUACCUCAUUUCUACGGGGGUGUUCCAUGUGAUCGAUACAGCGCUGGACCCGCGCAUUGAAGACGCAAGACCGAGCUAUCUCAAUGCUACGGACUCGUCAUCGACGGGCCAGCCUGCUUCUUCUUCCAGCGCAGGUCUCAGCUCUGGCGCAAAGGUCGGCAUAGGCGUCAGCGUGACAAUAGUCAUCCUGGCCAUACUCGGCGUCACAGCCUUUUUUCUGCUUCGGAGACGCAAGAGGCGUACUGGGCCGCCGAGCGAGCUGCCUGCGACAGCGACAAAGGCAGGAGGGUGGCGAGAGAUGCACCAGAUGUCUGAUGACAAACAUCCACAGGAGAUGCAGGGUGCGAACAGUGUGCAUGAGAUCCACAGCGAAGGCAGAUCCGGACGUGGCGAAAUGGAGGGAUCUUCCGAAGGGACGCGAAGUCGUUAUGGAGGAAGUCAGCCUUACGAAAUGCAAUGA